CGGCCGCACACAUCAGACGAAUGACUCACCGAGACAGAGAUGUUUAGCAUGUCGAUAUCUUGCAAAGUGCGGCGAGCACGUCUCUCCUCCUCUCGUCUUACAAGCAAUUACAUGCUAUAAAGCGACGACUUCCGGGUGAGAGCUACGUUAGACGCUUACGAUGGAUCGACUUGCUGUUCUACUGCCGCCAAUCCUACUCGCAGUCACCCUAAUAUGCAUCCAAGAGGCAUGGAGAAUGCGCCAUUCGCUUCGAGGCUACAAGCAGGUAACACUGCAGGGUCGGUCACACAUGUCUGACGAGUACAACCUGGGAUAUACCAAACCGCGCAACACUCGCGACGAAUCAAAGUGGAAGGUCAAAGCCCUGCAUAUACACCCCAUCAAAUCGUGUGCAGCAGUCGAAUUGGAUGUUGCCGACAUCGAUGGUGCGGGAUUGACCUGGGACAGGAAGUUUGCCUUUGCAGAGCUGCUCAAGCCCCAGACCAGGCUGGACGCUUCUGAAGUAGAGAAGAAACCGAGAUGGACCUUUCGGACCCAACGACAGCCUGGAUAUGAGAAGCUCGUCCACGUGCACCCGGAGAUCUGGCUUCCAGAUCGAUCAAAGCAAAAAUUCACGGAAAAGGAUAAAGGCUUUCUCGUCGUCAAGUAUCCUCGCAUCCCGCGAGGUCCUUUGGCAACCUUAGUGAGGAUGCUUACGGACCUCGGCUUCCUCUCGAACGAGAAGUCAUUCACUGUACCACUGGUGCCGCCCGAGAAUCACAAGUAUCCUUCCGAGCAUGUUGCAAUCUGGAAAGACAACCCACGGUGGUUGAACUUCGGAGUCCAUGUGCCAGCCGACUUUGGUACCUACCUGGGCGUAAAGAAUCCGCUCACCUUGUUCAGGGUUGAUCCCAAAAGUUACCGUGAAGUCUACAGGUGUGCGCCUCGGAAAGAAUCACUGGGCUAUCAGUCUGUAGUGGGCUUCGCAGAUGCGUAUCCAGUGCAUCUGCUCAACAUUGCUUCGGUCCGUGAUGUGGCGGGAAAGGUUGCAAAGGACAUUCCUCGUUUCUCCGCAAAGAGGUUUCGAGCCAAUAUACUGGUCUCCGGACCGUCGGCAUACGACGAAGACAACUGGAAAAGAAUCAGGAUAGGCAAGCAUACCUUCUACUGCGCAUGUCACACUGUGCGAUGCAGACUGCCUAAUGUCGAUCCUGAUACGGCUGAUCGUCAUCCUGUUGAACCAGACAAGACCUUGAAGGCUUUUAGAUGCAUUGACGACGGUGACCCACUGAAUGCCUGCCUUGGUCUUCAGCUGGUGCCUGCAGAGUCUGAGCCUUUUCAGAUACGAGUCGACGACGAGAUUGAGGUCCUGGAGAGAGGCGAACACCACUAUAUUAAACAAUGAAUGGAAGUUCUCUUUGUUCUUUCCAUGAUCAUUGGAACUUGUCCAGACUUU